AUGAAGACUUCCGUGCUUUCCUUCUUCCUUCUAUCCCUCAUCAGCGGAUCGCUCGCCAGCGUAGGCGAUACGUGUGGAUGGGCCGAGAAGAAAGGAGCCUGUCAGGACGUGAAGGACUGUGAUGGCGGCUUCACCUUCAAUGACGCAUGCCCCAAUGAUGACGCCAACAUCAAAUGUUGCGUCAAGAAGGAGUGUGUCAAAGUCCAGAAAGCACCGCUUGAGAGCCUUGGCGGUCGUUGUUAUGACAAGAGAUACAACAAAUGCGCCGGUGGGCACUAUGAGAGGAAUCUUUGCCCAGGUGAUAACAAUGUUCAAUGUUGCAUUAGAGAUCCUUCAGGCGCAUCACAAGACCAACCCCCCAAGGAAACAUCUGUAACGAUACCAAAAUGUGAGGACAUCAAAGUCAUCCCCGUCAGCAACGGUGGCUUCGACCACCUCCUCUACAACAAGGAAACCACUCAGCUCAUGGCCGACGUGGCCUCAAACAUUGGCAGAGUGACCGAAGUCUGUGGCAAACUUGCCGGGCUUGUAAAAGCCAAGCAAGCGGGAUUCGUGUGCGACGCGGCGGGAGUGCCGGUGAAGAACAUCGCUAAGCAUGCCAAGGAAUGUCUUGGGAAGAACCAGUGUCUAAAGAUCAAGGCGUACUCGGUUCCGUAUUGUGUUGGGAAGGAGGAUGGUUGCUAUUCUUCUGAGAGUUUUGGGACUUGGGUUGAUCCUCCAAAGUGA